CCCCCUUUCGCCCGACCCGAUCGGUCCACUCACCUCGUCGCGGGCUGGUCACCGGGCCCAGGACUGGCCCCCCGGAGGCCCACACCGGCGAGACGUCCGCCGUGCGUUUCCUUUGCUGCUGCGCCGCCCCCGCCGUCCACGGCCAGCUGCCGGUGUCCCGAGCUGCGUCGGGCCGUGGCCGCAAGCGCAGGGCUCGAGGCGGGCCAGGAUCCCACCGGAGGCCGAAUCCCCCGGAGAGAUCGGCCCUCCCGAAGUCGGCACCAACGAAUCAUUUCUGGGACGUGGUCCUCUCGUACGAGGGAGCAACGCAUUACCAUCUGGGCCCCCCCGGGCGCGCCGCCAGCAACCUCCAGCGGCGAUGGCGCGCUCUGUGCUUCGGGGGCUGGCCUCCUGCUGCGCCCUCGCCGUCGGCGGCACCGCUCUCGCGCUCGACGAGCAGUCCCUGAUCCAGACCGUCGCGCGGCAGGAGCUGGCGAUGCCGGAGAACAAGCUGCCUCGGAGCGCUCUGCUGACUGUCUGCUUCGUCUCCAAGGCCUCUCCAGGCCGCCAUAGUGUCGAUCAACUGACGAACGGCUGCAUCCUCAACGUCGCCUCUUUCAAGCUGGCGGCGCCGCAAUCGGACGUCAUCCUGAUUGCCCCCACGGAGGAGAACGCCGCCGACAAGAUCAAGAACCUUUCCAAGAAGGACAGCUCCGUCAAGAUCUCCUACGUCGGCCUGGGCCCGUGGGAGGUCGGCGGGCAGAGCAUCCCCUUCCAGAACGCCGAGGGGAAGUUCUACGGGAACGGCCUGAAGCUGCUCUGGUACACCCAGACCCUGAAGAAGUUCCAGGGGCAGUACGACUACAUCUUCAUCGCCGACGGUGCCGACCUCUACUUCCAGCGGAGCCCCGUGGCGGGCAAAACGGGG